AGUUUUACCUUGAAAAUGCAUGAUUAGGCCUCGUUGGCCAUUGCUUCAAUAGCAUUCAUUGUAGCCCUUUGCUGCGUAAAAUGUUGUAUUCAGUGUUUUUGCAUCAUGCCCAGGCUAAGUGAUUUUUUUUGAGGUCUCUGACUGGCUGGAUCUAAUAUUUUCAGGUACGAUAGCAGACAUUAGGAAGUAUUGUAUUCUGCACGACUAUCGUUGUAGUCUGAAUGUUGUCUAUGCGCUAUUUGAGUGUGGCGUACUGAAAUUCCACAACCAGCUGCAACAUGUGUUGCACUUUUCCUCGUCAAUGGGCAAUUGCUGUUGUACAAACUCGAACAGUUGCCAAAUUAUCCCAGAGAGAGGGGCAUACUGUCUAAAAAGCUACCCCAUGUCACAUAUCUGAGAUUAUAACCUAAUUUGUUAUGAUUUACACUUAAAUGAAUGGCAUGAGUUGUCGGCUAUCCGUUAUACUUGUAUUAGAACUGUGACAUCAGCCUGCCCAAGCAUUGAAGGGUGAACACUGGAUAUAUUGUGUGCCACGUCUACGAUAUUUGGUUUCAACCGGAGGAGCUGCGUUUCGCAGCAUUUUACGCGUACCAAAAACUUGAUUCCACAGGAACCCUCGCUGUACACAGUGAAAGCGGUCUUCAUUCUGGAUAACGAUGGCAAUAGACUUCUAUCAAAGUACUACGACACAGAGCUCUACCCCUCCAUGAAGGAGCAGAAGAACUUUGAAAAGAACGUUUUCAACAAGACACACAAAGCUGACACAGAUGAGAUUGCCUUCGUGGAGGGGAUGACGAUCGUGUAUAAGUGCAGCAUUGACCUGUUCUUCUACGUGGUGGGCAGUGCACAGGAGAAUGAGCUCAUGCUCAUGGCUGUGCUGAACUGUCUGUUUGAGUCCCUCAGUCAAAUCCUAAGGAAAAAUGUGGAGAGAAGGUGUCUAUUGGACAACAUGGACGGAGUCUUCUUGGUAGUGGACGAAAUUAUUGACGGGGGGGAUGGAGUUGGGAGUUACUGGUACACUAUCUUGUGUUCUCUUAAUGACCGCCCUUACCGUCGUGUUACCAGGGUGAUCUUGGAAAGCGACCCCCAACAGGUCAUCCAGAAGGUCAAUUACAGGGCGGAUGAGAACCCACUGUCAGAGCAGAGCGUGGCUCAGCACAUUACGGACAAAUUGGCUAUGACCUCCAAUAUAAUGCAGUCUGCCAAAGAACAAAUAAAGUGGUCAAUACUCAAAUGAUCUACACUGCCUGUCCAAAGGUCUUACAGUAAUGGACAGUACGAAUUUAUGUGUAAAUAUUAAGGGGUGUAUUUAGCGUUUAUGCUUAAAUAGACUAUAUUUAUAGUAAUUAGUGGCAAAUACAGCGUUUUUCCUAUGAUGGCAAGAAGACAUUUUAUAUUUAUUAUAUUGGAAAUAAUCUGUUUAAUUUAUUUGAUUUGCAAUAAAAAAUCUGAAGAAUUA